AUGGAACAAAAUCAAGAAAAUGAAGUUUCAAUUGAACCUCAAAGAGAACAAGAACAAAAUCAAGACCUUGAUAGAGUGAGUAUUCAUACGUGGAGAUCAAAUUCAGCAGAGGAGGAAAUACAAGGAAUUGAGAAUGUUGGGAGAAAUGAUGGAGAUGAUGAGAACAUGACAAUUAUGGAAUUUAGGCAAAGAUUAAUGGCAGAACGACAAAGACAGGAGGAAGAGCGCGAAAAUUUGAUACGUCAGAAUGAAGGAUUAAGAGAGGAGAAUCUUAGAUUGAGAGAACAGAGAUCGGAAAGUAGAAUGCAGUCAAGAUUAAGAUCAAGUGGGGAAACAUCAACACAAAGCCGAUUUAAUAAAAGGAAUGUUAGACGAAGAGAUCGCAUGGAAAAUAUUGAAGAAAAUAUACAAGAAGGACACAACUUACAAGACCAACGUGAGAGAAUAAGUAUAGCACAUGAUUUGGGAACUCACAGAUAUGUACAUUCGCGUGAACUUCUUCAUCGCACAAAAAAUAACUUCGAAAGAGAAGGAGAGGAUCCAAGGAUGGGACAGAUUGAUAUUGCAUGGAAGAGAACUGUUGAGAUAAAGAGAUAG